UUUUAGUAUGAGUAAUAACAACUUUUGUGUGUGGGUGUGUUCUCCAUAUAAUUAUGCUGGCGUAUUGGAGUCAUGUGUCUUUUCUUCUUCCUCUCUGCUCUCUCCCUGCUAUGCAGAGUAUUUGAUUUCUGACACUGGAGGACAACAGCUCUCAAUAAGUGAUGCCUUCAUCAAAGAAUCCUUAUUUAAUCGCCGGGUAGAGGAGAAAGCUAAAGAGCUGCCUUUCACACCUUUGGGCUGGCAUCAUAACAACCUGGAGCUCCUGAGGGAGGAGAAUGGGGAGAAGCAAGCCAUGGAGAGGUUGCUUUCAGCUAAUCAUAACCACAUGAUGGCACUACUCCAGCAGUUGCUCCAUAAUGACUCAUUGUCACCAUCUUGGAGGGACAUCAUUGUGUCACUGGUCUGCCAGGUUGUUCAGACAGUCCGACCUGAUGUCAAGACCCAGGAUGAUGACAUGGAUAUCCGUCAGUUUGUUCACAUCAAAAAGAUCCCAGGUGGAAAGAAAUUUGAUUCUGUGGUUGUCAAUGGCUUUGUUUGUACCAAGAACAUUGCACAUAAAAAGAUGAACUCUUGUAUUAAGAACCCCCAAAUUCUUCUGUUGAAGUGUUCCAUUGAAUAUCUCUACAGAGAGGAAACUAAGUUCACUUGCAUUGAUCCUAUUGUGCUCCAGGAAAGGGAAUUCUUGAAGAAUUAUGUUCAACGAAUAGUUGAUGUUCGACCCACAUUGGUUCUAGUUGAGAAAACAGUGUCUCGGAUUGCCCAGGAUAUGUUACUGGAACAUGGCAUUACACUGGUCAUUAAUGUAAAGUCACAAGUUUUAGAACGAAUCAGUCGGAUGACCCAAGGUGAUUUAGUGAUGUCAAUGGAUCAGCUGCUCACAAAGCCACAACUGGGCACUUGUCACAAAUUUUAUAUGCAGAUAUUUCAGUUGCCUAAUGACCAAACCAAAACACUGAUGUUUUUUGAAGGCUGUCCACAGCACCUCGGCUGCACAAUUAAGCUAAGAGGAGGCUCUGAUUAUGAGCUGGCUCGAGUUAAGGAGAUCCUAAUAUUUAUGAUCUGUGUAGCUUAUCAUUCUCAACUAGAAAUCUCCUUCCUUAUGGAUGAGUUUGCUAUGCCUCCCAUGUUAAUGCAAAGCCCUUCAUUCCAUUCUCUUAUUGAGGGACCAGUUGAUGAAGGGGCUGCACAGGAACAGUACAGCAGAAGCUCUUUCCCCCAGGAUCCUGACUGCCCUCCUGAGUCUCUGUCCUCUGAUGAUGGCACUUUGCUGGAAUCAAGGAUUGUGUUUGAGAAGAGUGAGCAAGAAAAUAAAAGUGUCCCACAGACUGUUGCCUCUUUGAAGCAUCAGGAGUAUACCACAACCACUUGCCCAGCAGGUAUUCCCUGUGCUCUCUUCCAAUCGGUGCCGGAGUCAUUGUUGCCACUCCAUGUGGACCAACAAGACGUUGUAGUCAGGGUACAGCCAGAGACUUUGCAGCAAGCAGAUGAGCAACAGAAUCCCAAAAGCCAGAUGCGAGCCUUUAGAGACCCUCUGCAGGAUGACACUGGGUUGUAUGUUACUGAGGAAGUCACCUCCUCUGAAGAUAAACGAAAGACUUACUCUUUGGCCUUUAAACAGGAAUUAAAAGAUGUGAUCCUCUGCAUCUCCCCAGUAAUCACAUUCCGGGAACCUUUCCUUUUAACUGAAAAGGGGAUGAGAUGUUCUGCUCGAGAUUAUUUUCCAGAGCAAAUUUACUGGUCUCCUCUCCUCAAUAAAGAGGUCAAAGAAAUGGAGAGCAGGAGGAAGAAACAGCUGCUCAGGGAUCUCUCUGGACUUCAGGGCAUGAAUGGAAGUAUUCAGACCAAGUCUAUUCAAGUGUUGCCCUCCCAUGAGCUGCUGAGCACUAGGAUCGCUGAGCAUCUGGGUGAUAGCCAGAGCUUGGGUAGAAUGCUUGCUGAUUAUCGAGCCAGAGGAGGAAGAAUUCAGUCAAAACAUUCAGACCCUUUUGCUUAUUCAAAGGAUAUAUCAGGUACUGCAAAUUGUAAAUCAGGAAGCAAAACUGAGGGUGAUGAAGAGAGAGGGUUGAUUCCAAGUGAUACAGUGUGGGCAACAAAGGUGGACUGUCUGAAUCCUGCUAAUCACCAGAGACUGUGUGUGCUCUUUAGCAGCUCAUCUGCCCAGUCCAGCAAUGCUCCUAGUGCCUGUGUCAGUCCGUGGAUUGUAACAAUGGAAUUUUAUGGAAAGAAUGAUCUUACAUUAGGAAUAUUUUUAGAGAGAUACUGUUUCAGGCCUUCUUAUCAGUGUCCUAGCAUGUUCUGUGAUACCCCCAUGGUGCAUCACAUUCGGCGCUUUGUCCACGGCCAAGGCUGUGUGCAGAUAAUUCUAAAGGAGUUGGAUUCCCCAGUACCUGGAUAUCAACAUACAAUUCUCACAUAUUCCUGGUGCAGAAUAUGCAAACAGGUAACACCAGUUGUUGCUCUUUCCAAUGAAUCCUGGUCUAUGUCAUUUGCCAAGUACCUUGAACUUAGAUUUUAUGGGCACCAGUAUACACGAAGAGCCAAUGCUGAGCCCUGCGGUCACUCCAUCCACCAUGAUUAUCACCAGUAUUUCUCUUAUAACCAAAUGGUGGCAUCUUUCAGCUAUUCUCCCAUUCGGCUUCUUGAAGUAUGUGUUCCACUCCCCAAAAUAUUCAUUAAACGUCAGGCCCCAUUAAAAGUGUCCCUUCUUCAGGAUUUCAAGGACUUCUUUCAAAAAGUUUCACAGGUAUAUCUAGCUGUUGAUGAAAGACUUGCAUCUUUGAAAACUGAUACAUUUAGCAAAACAAGAGAGGAAAAAAUGGAAGAUAUCUUUGCACAAAAAGAGAUGGAAGAAGGUGAGUUCAAGAACUGGAUUGAGAAGAUGCAGGCAAGGCUCAUGUCUUCCUCUGUAGAUAACCCUCAACAACUGCAGUCAAUCUUUGAGUCACUCAUUGCCAAGAAACAAAGUCUCUGUGAAGUGCUACAAGCUUGGAAUAACAGGUUACAAGACCUUUUCCAGCAGGAAAAAGGUAGAAAGCGGCCUUCAGUUCCUCCAAGUCCUGGAAGACUCAGACAAGGGGAAGAAAGCAAGAUAAGUGCAAUGGAUACAUCACCACGAAAUAUUUCUCCAGGGCUUCAAAAUGGAGAAAAAGAGGAUCGUUUCUUGACAACCCUGUCCAGCCAGAGUUCCACCAGUUCUACCCACCUCCAGUUGCCUACUCCACCUGAAGUCCUGGCUGAGCAGUCGAUAGGAGGGCCCCCUGAACUAGAUACGGCCAGCGGUUCUGAAGAUGUGUUUGAUGGACAUUUUGGAUCCACAGACAGCCAGGUGAAGGAAAAGUCUACCAUGAAAGCCAUCUUCGCAAAUUUGCUUCCAGGAAAUAGCUAUAAUCCUAUUCCAUUUCCUUUUGAUCCAGACAAACACUAUUUGAUGUAUGAACAUGAACGGGUGCCCAUUGCAGUCUGUGAGAAAGAACCCAGCUCUAUCAUUGCUUUUGCUCUCAGUUGUAAAGAAUACCGAAAUGCCUUAGAGGAAUUGUCUAAAGCAACUCUGUGGAACAGUGCUGAAGAAGGGCUUGCAACAAAUAGUGCAUUAGAUAACAGACCAAAGAGUAGCAGCCCUAUUAGAUUACCUGAAAUUAGUGGAGGACAGACAAACCGUACAGCUGAAGCAGAACCACAAUCAAUUAAAAAGGCUUCUGGAAUGUUGUCCUUCUUCAGAGGGACAGCAGGGAAAAGCCCUGAUCUCUCUUCACAGAAGAGAGAGACCUUACGUGGAGCAGAUAGUGCUUACUACCACGUUGGGCAGACGGGCAAGGAGGGGACGGAGAAUCAAGGCAUUGAGCCACAAGAUGAAUUAGAUGGAGGAGAUACACAAAAGAAACAACUCACAAAUCCUCAUGUGGAACUCCAAUUUUCUGAUGCUAAUGCCAAGUUUUACUGCCGACUGUACUACGCGGGAGAGUUUCACAAGAUGCGAGAAGUGAUUCUGGGCAGCAGUGAGGAAGAUUUCAUUUCGUUCUCUUUCCCACUCAUCACCUGGCAGGCCCGAGGAGGCAAAUCAGGAGCUGCCUUCUAUGCAACUGAAGAUGAUAGAUUCAUUUUGAAGCAAAUGCCUCGUCUGGAAGUUCAGUCUUUCCUUGACUUUGCACCACACUACUUCAAUUAUAUUACAAAUGCUGUUCAACAAAAGAGGCCUACUGCCUUGGCCAAAAUUCUUGGAGUUUAUAGAAUUGGUUACAAGAACUCUCAGAACAACACUGAGAAGAAGUUAGAUCUCCUUGUCAUGGAAAAUCUUUUCUAUGGGAGAAAGAUGGCACAG